AUGAAGCCCACAAAUAUUCUUCUCCCUACUCUGUUCGCAUUGCAAGCAAGCGCGGCACCCACACACUACCAACCACCGCGCCUCAACGCUACAGUAUCAUUCCCAUACAACGGCACCGAUCUCGACCCCAUCCCACGAUCAUCAUGUCUUGCGAAAUUGGAAGGAGCUCUCGAAGAUCUCACCAGUUCCACCAUAUCAAUUCUUCUCGGAUCCUCAACGACAAUGCUCGGCUAUGCGUUUUGCGGCCUCGCCAUGCCAGCAGAGUCAUGGGAAACAUGCACAGAUUUUGCUGUCAUUGGCGGCAGCGUUGUUGGUCUCUCACAUCUGGCAAUUUGGAAGUUCCCCGAGAUUCUCAACGACAUGAAUCUUUAUACUUCGACAGCCAGACCUUGGGAGGGUGCUGACACUGUUUGGGGCGAGAACGAUGGCCCUAACGCUAAAGUCGAGGUUAAGCCUCGUGUGGAAAUUAUCGACGCGAAUCUGGGAGCAUGGCCUUGA